CCGCCGCCGCCGAGCAUGGCGCGUCUGGCCGGGUCUCCGGCGUCGCUGCUGCGGCCCCCUCCGUGCGCGCUGGCGGCGGCGGCGGCGCUGGCCGUGCUGUGCGCCCUCUACUACGCGCGCUCGCCCGCCCCGCCGGAGCCCCGCGCGCCGCCCCCGCCGCCCGCCUCCGCCCCGCCUGCCCCGGCCGCCGCCUCGGUGGGGGAGAGCAAGGCCAAGGCGGGCGAGGAGCUGCUGGCCGGGGCGGCGGGGGCGGCGGCGGGGGCGGCGGGCGAGGCCGAGCUGCACGUGCUGCUGCUGCUGGCCAAGGCGGAGCGCAACGCGGCGCUGCGAUCCAAGGCCGAGGCGGCGCUGCGCUCGCUGGCGCGCUUCGCCAAGCUGGGCCCGCGCCAGGCCCUCGUGCUGCACCUGCUCAGCGACGCGCCCAGCCGCCCCGUCGGGAAGGCCGUCCUCCGCGACGCGCUGCGCAGCGCGCAGUUCCAGCACAAGGUGGUCUUCCACGACGUGGACGUGGUGGCCGAGAAGCUGCUGCCCCUGGUCGAGGCCAUGCAGAAGCUCUUCAGCGCCGGCGCCGGAACCUACUAUGGCGACUCCCUCUUCUUCCUCUCGCUGGCCAUGCACCGCGUCCUGCCCAAAGAGAUUUCGCGGAUCAUUCAGGUGGACCUUGAUGUGGAGUACAGGACCAACAUCCGGGAACUCUUUGAAGAGUUUGACAACUUCCCAGAAGGGGCCGUGAUUGGCAUCGUCCACGAGAUGCAGCCCGUCUAUCGGCACCUCUUCUGGCAGUACCGCCAGGAGCACCCGGGGACCAAGGUGGGGGAGCCCCCGCCGGACGGCCUCCCCGGAUUCAACAGCGGGGUCCUCCUGCUGAACCUGGAGGCCAUGCGCCACUCGGAGCUCUACAACCGCCUGCUGGAGCCGGGCGCCGCCCAGCGCCUGGCGGACCAGUUCCACUUCCGGGGCCACCUGGGCGACCAGGACUUCUUCACGCUGGUGGGCAUGGCUCACCCGGAGCUCUUCCACGUCCUCGACUGCACCUGGAACCGGCAGCUCUGCUCCUGGUGGCGUGAGCACGGCUACCGCGACGUCUUUGACCACUACUUCCGCUGCGACGGCCAUGUCCGGAUCUACCACGGCAACUGCAACACGCCCAUCCCCCAGGAGUAGCCCCUGCUGGCCAGGGGGAGUUUGGGGGCGGCAGCUGUGCUGUGGUCACUGCAGGGCUCUCGACAUGUCUCUUCGGGGGGUUCCAUCAAGUGGAGGUUGCUCCCUUUCCCUUGCGCACAACUGGGGUCUACCUGGGAGGAAUCCUCAUGGGCCUUGCAGGAAGGAUGGGAGCUGAGUGCCUUCUGCCACCAGCCAGCGAUUGUUGUUUUGGGACCCAGACACUGCAGGGAGAGGGAGGCGAGCCCAAGGCCUCUCUGGAGCUGACACCGCCUGCUGGACAUUUCCCUGGCAGCUCCCUGGGGGGCUGUGAACGUUUCCCCCUUGACUGCAGAGUGCGGCCAUCCACUUUCCAAUCUUGGCUGCAGCGCACGUGCCCAGCAAGGCAGCAGGAUCGUGGCACCCGGAGCAAGAACAGCUUAGUGUGGACCAAGCCUGGAUUCUGCAGAGAUCCAUUGGCCCCCAGUGCCACUA